AUGAAUUCCGACGAUACUGUCAAUCAUGUUAACCACAUCAAUCAUACCAAAGACACCAACACUGAAUCACCAGAAAAAUUGUCUUCCAAAGAAUCCGGAAAACAAGAUGCUGAAUCUAUAUCGUCUGCUUCGAACGCCUCAUCGGCUAUCCCAUCUUUUACACUGUGGGAUUAUCUUAAAGACGAAUUAUUAGCGUCUGAUUUCGAUGCCUUACAAGAAUUAAAGCGUGAAAGAGUGACAAAUUUUUUGGGAAUUCCUUGGGCGAUUGAAAAGCUCAUGUUUUUUGGUUUUUUCAUCUGCCUGGAUUCAUUUCUAUACACUUUUACCAUUCUUCCACUACGCAUCAUUAUUGCUAUAUAUUCAUUGAUCGUUCGUUUCAUUUCAAAUUUCAGAAAAGCACCAGAAAAAAGAACAGCAUAUCUUAAUUCAUCUCAAUGGUGCGAUUUACUUAAAGGCUUGUUAAUAUUACUCGUUUACGUUUCAUUACAGAGUGUUGAUGCAUCAAAGAUGUAUCACUCAAUACGUGGACAAUCUGCAAUUAAGUUAUAUGUCAUAUUCAAUGUUCUUGAGAUUCUCGACCGGCUUUGUUGUUCGUUUAGUGGAGAUAUCCUCGACUCACUUUUUUCUAAUUCUACCUUUGGAUCAAAAAAAUCAGAUUCUAGCUCUAGAGGACAUCUAAGACCUAUAACCUUUUUUUCAAUAACUCUUCACGUUGCAAUUAAUUCUUACUCUAAUGCUUUAUUGACAUUGUUAUUGUCAAACCAGUUCAUUGAGAUUAAAAGUUCGGUUUUCAAAAGAUUUGAGAAAGAAAAUUUAUUUCAAUUAAGUUGUGCUGAUAUCGUGGAACGAUUUAACCUUGUUCUCUUUUUGACUGUGAUUGCUAUUCGUAACUUGAUAGAACUUUCUGGAUCACCGUCAUCUUCAUCUUCUAUUUUACCCACGUCAUUCAUUCCACUAUUCCCUGCAAUGACAACCUUAGAGACAUUGUUAACACCUGUAAUUAUAGUCAUGGCGUCAGAAUUGAUAGUAGAUUGGUUGAAACACGCAUUUAUAACAAAAUUUAAUCAAAUUAGAUCAAGUAUAUAUGAUCGAUAUAUUGAUAUUCUUUCUCGGGAUCUUGUAGUUGGAAAUCCUACAAGAACUCCCAAUGGAUCAAACUUCAUUUAUAGACCAAAGACUUUUGUCGAUCAAUCACCUUUGGUAUCCCGCCGAAUUGGUUUUGCGGCUUUACCACUUGCAUGCUUAACAAUGCGAGUAGUAUCACAAACGAUAACAAUGAUAUCGGAUUUAUUCCAGGAAUUGGAGGAAGACAAUGAAUCGACAAAAGUAGCUUUUGCAAAUUUUGCUACCCAAUCACGCGGUGCAUCGAUUCUUUGUUGCAUUAUAGUGUUCGUCGUACUUCUGGCUCUCAAAUUUUUGGUUGGAAUAAAUCUUCUUGUAUUUGCCCACCGAAGAUAUGAGAGCAUGGAAUUACGUGAUGCAAAAGAUCGGGCUCGAGCGCUCCAACUUCAAGAACAAGUCAAAUUGGAAAAAGAGCAGAGGCAAACUAAAAAUCAAAUGUUCAGCGAUCCCAAACAUAAUUUGCUUGAAAAACAAUCUCAGGAAAUUAAUUUGGACAACAUUGAUCGUUAUACAUUAUUUAGAAGUCGAAUUCCAUAA